AUGGAGUACCAUGCAAAGUACCCAUUUUAUCAUGGGAAGAUAACAAAAGAGUCCUGUGAAGAGUUACUGACCAAGAAAGGAAAGAAUGGUUGUUUUUUGGUACGAGAAAGUGAGAGCGUGGCAGGAGCCAUAUGUCUAUGCGUCUUUUUUGAAAAACUGAUUUACACUUAUCGGAUCUUCAGGGAACAUGAAGGAAAUCUGAGGAUUGAGACUUCUGGAGGUGUUCCCCAGCAGUCCUUCAAAACUUUAAAGGAUUUAAUAUACAAGUAUCAAAAGCCAAAUCAAGGACUAGUGACCCAUCUUCGCUAUCCAGUAAAAAAACAAAACCCAUCAAGGAGAUUAAGGAAAACUAUGGGAUAUCCAGAAAAUGUUUAUGAUGAACUUGAAGAUGGUGAUUACGUUGAUGUCUUGCAGUGA